CUACGUGUAUGCUAGCUCUCCAAUUGUACUCGAUGCGGGAACCCAAAUACUCCCUUAUGAAGCUAAGUUAACCCAUGGGCCAUCUAAUAGUGAUGUCGACUUAUAUUACACUAGGCCUAUGUUUCUUAAUCGUAAAGAUGAGGAUAGUAUGAUCACUCAUGGUAGGGAUCAA